UCUCUCUCUCUAUCUCCCUCUCUCUCAACACACAAUAAAUAUAUUAGUUAACUUACUUGUAAGAAGUCCCUAGAGAGAGAAAAGGGAGAGAGAGAGAGAGAAGAGUUCAGUUUAGUUAGGGAUCCAUGGAGCGCUGAAACCCUCAUCAAGAUCCUGCGUUUAAAUGGUGGGUGGAGUGGAGUGGAGUAAAAUUAUCGCUGUGACUUUGUUGUGCAGAAAUUGAGGAACACAGGAACUGCUACUAAAGCCUACUACUGUGUUGAUCUUAUGGGGGAAUGCGGUGGUCGUGGUGUUGAAUACAAUGGCCUCGGCGACGACGAUGAACGGUCUCGUAACAAGCACAAUAAUUUCCAGAAGGUUUCCGUCGUCCCCCUCGUGUUCCUGAUCUUCUACGAGGUCUCCGGGGGUCCGUUUGGGAUCGAGGACAGCGUCCAGGCCGCGGGGCCCCUCCUAGCUAUCCUGGGCUUCGUCGUCUUCCCGUUCGUAUGGAGCAUUCCGGAAGCCCUGAUCACCGCCGAGAUGGGCACCAUGUUCCCGGAGAACGGAGGGUAUGUGGUGUGGGUCGCUUCGGCUCUGGGCCCUUUCUGGGGGUUUCAGCAGGGGUGGAUGAAAUGGCUGAGCGGCGUGAUCGACAAUGCGUUGUACCCCGUUCUCUUCUUAGAUUACUUGAAGUCCGGCAUCCCCGCUCUAGGGGGCGGGCCGCCGAGGACUCUGGCCGUGCUAAUUCUCACCGUCGCGUUGACCUACAUGAAUUAUAGAGGCCUGACGAUUGUUGGCUGGGUUGCUGUCUUUCUUGGGGUGUUCUCGAUCCUCCCUUUCAUUUUUAUGGGCUUGGUGGCUAUCCCUAGGAUUGACCCUUCGAGGUGGUUUGCGUGCGACUUGCGUAAUGUUAAUUGGAAUUUGUACUUGAAUACGCUCUUUUGGAACCUAAAUUAUUGGGAUUCGAUCAGCACUUUGGCCGGGGAGGUCGAUAAUCCGAAAAGAACUCUCCCGAGGGCACUGUUUUAUGCGUUAUUAUUGGUCGUAUUUGGAUACUUGUAUCCCCUCUUGACAGGUACUGGUGCAAUUCCUCUUGAUAGGGAGCUUUGGACUGAUGGUUACUUCUCCGACAUUGCAAAGAUUCUUGGUGGUGUAUUUUUAAGAUGGUGGGUGCAAGGGGCUUCGGCGUUAUCCAACAUGGGCAUGUUUGUUGCUGAGAUGAGCAGCGAUUCUUAUCAGCUUCUUGGGAUGGCGGAGCGAGGGAUGCUUCCGGAAUUCUUUAGCAAGCGGUCCCGCUAUGGGACCCCUCUUGUGGGGAUAUUGUUUUCCGCUUCUGGCGUGCUUUUGCUUUCUUGGAUGAGCUUCCAGGAGAUCGUGGCUGCCGAGAAUUUCCUCUACUGUUUUGGGAUGAUUUUGGAGUUUAUCGCCUUCAUUAGGCUGAGGAUAAAGUACCCGACCGCUUCUAGGCCGUACAGAGUUCCUGUGGGGACUAUCGGUGCAGUUUUGAUGGUUAUUCCCCCGACUGUGCUGAUCUGCGUGGUCCUGGCUCUUGCCUCUUUCAAAGUGAUGAUCGUGAGCAUUGCGGCAAUGCUUUUCGGGUUUAUAUUGCAGCCAUGUUUGAAGCUACUGGAAAAGAAGCGGUGGUUGAGGUUCUCAGUAAGCUCGGAUCUCCCAGAUUUUAGACCUAGUGAAAAUGAGAAUGCUGCGGAAACUCUGGUCGAGUGAGUAAUUCACGUCAGGCUAUGAACAGAUAGGAGAAGCUCAACAACAAGUCGUAGCGGAUUAAGCUUAUCUCAUUCGCCUUCCACUUCAGGGUUCAUGCCACUCGAUGAUUACUCCAGCUUUCUGUUAUUUGAUGUCCGCGUUACUGAGUUUUGAGGGAGAUGCAUGCCUCUUUUUUUGAGGGGGAGGUCGGUUAGAAUUAUUGCCUUGUGGUAUAGAAAAUCGAUCCCUGAUGUAAGUUAUCUUCUAGUUCGCCUUCAUUUAUUGCCUUUUUGAUGUGUUGCUGCAAUUUGUGUAUUUUACUUCCAUAUUCAAAUUUACAUGACUUGCUUUUAGGAGUACAUCAGAAACUUGCACAGAAACAGCUUUGGUGCGUUGGAUGUUUCACAUGGCUCAUAUAUACUCUUUCAAUCUAUAAACUUUUUAUGCCGGUAUAA